AUGGUUUUCGGCUCCCGCGUUCAACGCCUUUGCGCGACUCUUGCUCUGUGUACUUCAAUCGCUGUCUCUCCAAUCGACGCGUGGAUUCCUCAUAUCAUUACCAAGGGAAAUAAAUUCUUUGAUUCGAAGACUGGAGCUGAGUUUCGUAUGAAAGGUAUGGCCUACUACCCACGACCCAAUGAUGGCAAAUUGUCUGGUGUCAGCAAUUACGACUGGGCUGCUGAUGACCACGAGGCAGUGUGGAAACCUCAUCUUGAAAUCAUGAAAGACCUUGGCGUGAACACGAUUCGUCUCUACUCGGUCGAUCCAGGCAAAUCCCACGACAAAUUUAUGUGUGCGUGCUCUGAAGCAGGCAUUUAUGUGCUUGUAGGCAUCACUGCUCCAUGCGAGAAUUGCUCGGUACUUGACUAUAUGCCACCCAAAUGUUACCCUGACGACUUGUUUACUCGUGCACAAUUAGUCUAUAACGCUUUCGCUGUCUAUGACAAUACACUUGGCUUUAGUAUUGGAAACGAAAAUAAUUUGCAAGUGGAAAAUGGCGCGGAAGGUACAGCCACGGCGCCGUGUGUCAAAGCAUUUCUACGUGACACUCGUAGCUACGCAGCAAGCUGCUCAGGAUCAGUUCGUCAAGUACCAAUUGGUUUGGAUAUUGCAGAUAUUCCCCCUCGACAGCAGUGGAUUGCGUACUACGAUUGUGCAGUGGAUGAUGACGAGAAUACAAGAGCUGAGUGGAUGGGAUUUAAUCCAUACGUUGAGUGUGAUCCAGUUACUCACCUCAAAUACUCACAGUCGACAGGUCUAAAGAAACUUAUGUCAGAAUAUGCUGAGGUUGGCUACGCUCGUCCAUUAAUGUUUGGCGAAUUUGGAUGCAAUAAGGGAGUGAACACCAUAGAAGGAUAUGCAAACCAACGCUCAUUUCUUGAUGCCAAGUGGAUGAAUGAGGAGAAGGAAAUGACUGAAGAGAUUGUGGGUGGUAAUGUCUUUGAAUUCACGACGGAAAUUGCGAAUUUGGCUGGGAGCAAAACUCUUUCCAAGACUGGAGAUACCGGCAAGUAUGGCGUUGGUUACCUGCUUCCGGAAGACUGCGACAACGCUAAGUCUGAGUGCGUGUUUACACCGUACCCGGAAUACGAAAAUCUGAAAAACGCAUAUACGACUACAAAGCAAUCGACGGUAACGCAUGACAGCUAUACGCCAACGCGUGACACCAUUCUGUCGUGUCCAAAAAAUAUAUCAAUCGAGUUGCCACCAACACCAAAAGUCCCGAUUCUCGAGUGUACAAUCACGCAGCCGGUAUGCAACGGCGUUAAGGGCAACAAUUACAAGCACGCAUCAGCGGGUCCCGCUGUUGGUGAGAAACGGAAGCCUUCAAAUAAGGAAGUCGAAGUUAGUGCCUAUUCAGACGCUUCUACAUCAGACGCUGGUGCUUUGUUUUCUGUGGGAACACUUGUUUUGUCUUUAGCGACGAUUGCUGCCUCUACUUUGUUCACUUUCUAG